ACACUACACUCACGGACUCACCCACUCUUUUCAGAAUCAUACACUAGUGGUCAGAUUGGUCAGUCAUACCAACACGAGACUCCCAUCAAUUUACCUAUAUACCCCUCUAACGUCCAUUGAUAGAAUUGAAAGGAAAAAAAACCAAGAUUCUUCGAAUUGCCGGUGACCGUGAGAAACAAAUACCCUCAUCGCCGGUGACGUUCCAACAACAUAGACAGAAACGGAAUCUCGGGAUUGCGAACACUUCUUUUUUUGGUUUUCUCUCAUCUUGACAUGUGAAUUGUGCGGCGGCCGAGUCAAUCGCUUUCUCUUUCUUUCUUUCCUCUCUCGCUCCCCGCCUCUUUUGCCGGGUCUGCUUGUGCGAAGCAUCGGCUUUCUAGAAUUGCGAAGAGCAGGAGAAACCGCAAGAGCAACAAGUGGGAAUAAGAUUGUGCCUCUAAAUUUGGCGGAUCUGCUAAAUUUAGAGGAGGAAGUAGGGUUUUCGUGAUUUUUUUUGGGGGAGCCGGCGAAGAUGAUGGUAUCUAGAGGGUUGUUCGGGUGGUCUCCCCCUCACAUACAGCCGUUAACACCGGUUUCUGAGGUCUCGGAGCCACCGGAGUCUCCCUCGCCGUACUUGGAUGUGAGCGCAGAGGGGGGAGCUGGGCAAGGGGCGCAGGUGGAGGUCGAAGAGGAGAUCGAGGAGCCUGAGGAAAUGGAGCCGCCACCAGCUGCCGUGCCUUUCUCGAGGCUCUUUGCCUGCGCGGACCGACUUGACUGGGUGCUUAUGGUGGCAGGAUCGCUUGCAGCUGCUGCCCAUGGCACUGCUCUUGUUGUUUACUUGCACUACUUUGCAAAGAUUGUCCAGAUUCUUAGGAUUGGUCCCGAGUCUCAUCACAGACGGGAGGACCAGUUUGAGAGAUUCAAAGAACUUUCUUUAGCCAUUGUAUACAUAGCCGUGGGUGUUUUUGCUGCUGGUUGGAUUGAGGUUUCGUGCUGGAUUCUUACUGGAGAACGUCAGACGGCUGUUAUCCGUUCAAAGUAUGUUCAAGUCUUACUUAAUCAGGACAUGAGUUUCUUCGACACCUAUGGGAACAAUGGGGAUAUUGUGAGCCAAGUGUUGAGUGAUGUGCUUCUUAUUCAGUCUGCUUUGAGUGAAAAGGUUGGAAACUAUAUUCAUAACAUGGCUACCUUUUUCGGUGGUCUCGUUAUUGGAUUUGUCAACUGCUGGGAGAUUGCGCUCAUAACGUUGGCCACUGGCCCAUUCAUUGUUGCUGCUGGAGGUAUAUCGAAUAUCUUUCUCCAUAGGCUUGCAGAGAACAUCCAAGAUGCAUAUGCUGAAGCAGCUAGCAUUGCUGAACAGGCAGUCUCUUAUAUUAGGACUUUGUAUGCAUUUACAAAUGAAACUCUGGCCAAGUAUUCUUAUGCAACAUCUCUACAAGCAACUCUGAGAUAUGGUAUAUUGAUUAGUCUUGUGCAAGGACUUGGGCUUGGAUUUACAUAUGGGCUGGCAAUAUGUUCCUGUGCUUUACAACUUUGGGUCGGAAGGUUUCUAGUGACACAUGGCAAAGCUCAUGGUGGUGAAAUAAUAACUGCCCUAUUUGCUGUAAUUUUGAGUGGGCUUGGGUUGAAUCAAGCAGCAACAAACUUCUAUUCAUUUGACCAAGGGCGAAUUGCGGCUUAUAGACUUUUUGAGAUGAUAAGCAGGUCAUCCUCUAUUGUGAAUCAAGAUGGAAAUACCCUGGUAUCUGUGCAAGGAAACAUCGAGUUCCGGAAUGUAUAUUUUAGCUACCUGUCUCGUCCUGAAAUCCCUAUCUUGAGUGGAUUCUACCUCACUGUACCUGCUAAGAAAGCUGUGGCACUUGUUGGCAGAAAUGGUUCUGGUAAAAGCAGUAUUAUUCCACUGAUGGAGCGGUUUUAUGAUCCUAAUCUAGGAGAAGUGCUUCUGGAUGGAGAAAAUAUUAAAAACCUGAAACUGGAAUGGCUGAGAAGUCAAAUUGGAUUAGUCACCCAGGAAUCAGCUUUGCUGAGUUUGAGUAUAAGAGAUAAUAUUGCAUAUGGGCGAGAUGUGACUUUGGAUCAGAUUGAAGAAGCAGCUAAGAUAGCACAUGCACAUACAUUUAUCAGCUCACUUGAAAAAGGAUACGACACUCACGUUGGUAGGGCUGGUUUAACACUGACGGAAGAGCAGAAAAUUAAACUUUCUAUUGCCAGAGCUGUGCUUUUAAACCCAACAAUUUUGUUGCUUGAUGAGGUUACUGGUGGGCUUGACUUUGAAGCUGAAAGAGCUGUUCAGGGGGCUCUGGAUCUUCUCAUGUUGGGAUGCUCAACAAUAAUAAUAGCUAGAAGGCUUAGUCUUAUUAGGAAUGCUGAUUACAUAGCUGUGAUGGAGGAGGGUCAUCUAGUUGAAAUGGGAACACAUGAUGAAUUACUAACCCUGGAUGGCCUAUACGCUGAGCUUCUCAAAUGUGAAGAAGCUGCAAAACUUCCAAGGAGGAUGCCAGUCAGGAACUACAAUGAGACUGCUGCUUUCCAGAUUGAAAGGGAUUCUUCAGCAAGUCAUAGCUUCCAAGAACCAUCGUCCCCUAAACUGGUAAAGUCUCCCUCUCUUCAGAGAGUCCCUGGCAUAUUUCGACCUUCAGAUGGCGCUUUUAACUCCCUAGAAUCACCGAAGGCUCCUAGUUCACCUCCAGAGAAAAUGCUGGAAAAUGAUCUGCCUUUGGAAACAGCUGAUAAGGAACCAUCAAUAAAAAGGCAGGAUAGUUUUGAAAUGAGACUGCCAGAGCUUCCCAAGAUUGAUGUUCAGUCUGCACACCAGAAAACAUCAAAUGGUUCAGAGGAACCUGAGUCACCUGUGUCUCCCCUUUUGACAUCUGAUCCAAAAAAUGAACGUUCCCAUUCCCAGACUUUUAGUCGACCACAUAGUCACUCCGAUGACAUUCCGUUCAAAGCGAGGGAAUCAAAGGAUACAGAGCGGAAAGCACCAUCAUUUUGGAGACUGGCACAGCUUAGUUUUGCAGAGUGGCUGUAUGCUGUAUUAGGAAGCAUUGGUGCUGCAAUUUUCGGCUCUUUUAAUCCACUUUUUGCUUAUGCUAUUGCACUGAUAGUGACAGCAUAUUAUCAGACCGGUGACCAUAAUCACAUACAGCAAGAGGUAGACAAAUGGUGCUUGAUCAUCGCCUGCAUGGGUAUAGUGACAGUAGUUGCCAAUUUUCUGCAGCAUUUUUACUUUGGUAUUAUGGGGGAGAAGAUGACUGAACGAGUUAGAAGAAUGAUGUUCUCAGCUAUGCUACGAAAUGAAGUUGGAUGGUUUGAUGAGGAGGAGAACAGCGCAGAUACUUUGUCCAUGCGGUUGGCAAAUGAUGCUACGUUUGUGCGGGCUGCAUUUAGCAACCGACUUUCAAUUUUUAUACAGGAUAGCGCUGCUGUUAUUGUGGCCGUCCUUUUAGGUAUGUUGCUAGAGUGGCGUUUGGCGCUAGUGGCUUUGUCAACCCUGCCAAUUCUCACUGUUUCUGCCAUUGCACAGAAAUUAUGGCUUGCUGGAUUCUCCAGGGGUAUCCAGGAGAUGCACAGGAAAGCUUCCUUGGUUCUUGAGGAUGCUGUUAGAAACAUUUACACUGUUGUAGCUUUCUGUGCGGGUAACAAGGUGAUGGAGCUCUAUAGAUUGCAAUUGCAGAAAAUAUUUGUGCAGAGUUUUUUUCACGGGAUGGCCAUUGGUCUUGCAUUUGGCUUUUCACAGUUUCUUCUUUUUGCAUGUAAUGCUCUUCUCCUUUGGUAUACUGCAAUCUCUGUCAAAAAUCAGUAUAUGGAUCUUCCUACAGCCCUCAAGGAGUACAUGGUUUUCUCUUUUGCUACUUUUGCGCUGGUGGAGCCUUUUGGAUUGGCUCCAUAUAUACUUAAACGGCGAAAAUCACUCAUUUCAGUAUUUGAGAUAAUAGAUCGGUUGCCCAAGAUUGAUCCAGAUGAUAAUUCAGCGUUGAAGCCUGCUAAUGUCUACGGAAGCAUGGAGUUAAAGAAUGUUGAUUUCUGUUAUCCAAGUCACCCAGAGGUGUUGGUAUUAAGCAAUUUUAGUCUUAAAGUUAAUGGGGGACAAACUUUAGCUGUGGUGGGAGUUUCAGGAUCCGGAAAAAGCACUAUAAUAUCAUUGAUUGAGAGAUUUUAUGAUCCAGUUGCUGGACAAGUUCUUCUUGAUGGAAGAGACUUGAAACUCUAUAAUUUGAGAUGGUUGAGGAAUCAUCUAGGUCUUGUUCAACAGGAACCCAUUAUUUUCUCAACAACUAUUAGGGAAAACAUAAUAUAUGCAAGACACAAUGCCAGUGAAGCUGAGAUGAAAGAGGCUGCAAGAAUAGCAAACGCCCACCACUUUAUUAGCAGCUUGCCACACGGUUAUGACACUCAUGUGGGGAUGAGGGGUGUGGACCUGACCCCUGGACAGAAACAGAGAAUUGCAAUUGCUCGAGUAGUGCUGAAAAAUGCACCCAUCUUGUUACUGGAUGAAGCUAGCUCAUCCAUUGAAUCUGAAUCAAGCCGAGUGGUCCAGGAAGCGCUUGAUACGCUGAUCAUGGGGAACAAAACAACAAUUUUGAUAGCACAUCGGACUGCAAUGAUGAGGCAUGUUGACAACAUUGUGGUUCUCAAUGGAGGGCGAAUUGUUGAGGAGGGGACCCAUGAUGCUUUGGCAGCGAAGAAUGGCUUGUAUCUCCGGUUGAUGCAACCCCACUUUGGGAAGGGUUUGCGCCAACAUCGACUGGUCUAGAAUGUAUUCAAGAGUGAUGGUAGCUUAAGUGGUUUAUUUUUGUACAGUUUAUCCUGCACUGGAAUUGCCAACAUGUGGCAAUCUCUCCGGGCUAUCAGUUGGUAGAACUUACAAGGACAUGCAGAAGAUUAAUGGGGAUAAUAUGGCUUGUAACAAAAUUUAUGGAUGGGUAGGCACACCGGUGGUAUUGAUAGUUCACUGUUUAAGUAUAGAGUUAGAAAUAGGGAUUUUUGGAGUUGGUUGGCAGCUGAGAAGAUGCUUCGGGCUAGUAGUUUUUUCAUUCUGAAGGUGGACAUCGGUUUAUUGCUGUGCCUUCUACACAUUGAUUUGUUUAUUAUUCUCAAAUCAGAAUUUGGGGAUGGGAUACUUGUAGGCUAGUGAGGCGUGUGUUUUUCCUGUGAAUUGUUUCUUUAUAUAGUUUCUUGUAGCUUUUAUGAUUUUCCAACCCAAGAGCUUGGACAAUGAAUGAGGCCUUCUUGUAAUUUUUUUUUUUUGAAAACCAGAGAAAGCUUAGAAGGGAGAAAAGUGAGGGAAUUUGUUGUAUAACUUUCUUUGUACAUAACUACGCAGAUGAUUUGUAAGGCGAUUACUUUUGCUUACAGAA